UUUUCAGGUCCCUGGGCAAUAGGCGAAUUCAUAUCCCUCUCUCUCACCUGAAACUCUUCGCUCAUCGAGAAAACAGACCUGCAAAUGAAAAGAAAAUCAUUUACCAGCAAACAACAAAAACCAUCAAAUUUCUUCUCUGCAAAAGUCGAUCGAACAAAUUGAUGUCUUCCAUCUCCAAACUGACCUAACUUACCUUCAAAUUGCAAACCCUAUUCUUCUUAUUCUUCUUCUUCCCUAACCCCAAAUGUUCUCACACAGACACAAGAGCCCUCUGGUCUCUCCCUCUAGCUCGCGCUUCGUCACGGAGACCGUCAACGGCUCCCAUAACUUCGUCAUCAAAGGCUAUUCGUUGGCCAAAGGAAUUGGCGUCGGCAAACACAUUGCCAGUGAGACUUUCACCGUUGGAGGCUUCCAAUGGGCCAUCUAUUUCUACCCAGAUGGGAAGAACCCGGAGGAUAACUCCGCCUAUGUCUCCGUCUUCAUUGCUCUAGCUAGCGAAGGCACCGACGUGCGAGCUCUCUUCGAGCUCACUCUGGUUGAUCAGGGUACUCAUGGCAAGCACAAGGUCCAUAGCCAUUUCGAUCGCUCUCUGGAAAGCGGGCCCUACACGCUCAAGUAUAGAGGUAGCAUGUGGGGCUACAAACGUUUUUUCAGACGCACUAUGCUUGAGUCAUCGACUUUCCUUAAGGACGAUUGCUUGAAGCUUAAUUGCACUGUUGGUGUUGUGGUUUCUGCAAUAGACAGUUCAAGAUUGCACUCCAUAGAUGUCCCUGAGUCUGAUAUUGGAGCUCAUUUUGGUAUGUUAUUGGAGAAUGAGGAAGGUUCAGAUGUAACUUUCAAUGUGCGUGGCGUAAAGUUUCAUGCUCACAAGCUAGUAUUGGCUGCUCGGUCUCCUGAGUUCGAAAGUGAAUUUCUGAAUGGAAUGGAAGAGGAUAAUCAUGAAAUAGUUGUUGUGGAUAUGGAACCCAAGGUCUUUAAGGCUUUGCUGCACUUCAUUUAUACAGAUAAUCUUAUUGAAGAUGAAGAGUUCUCAGUAACAAGUUCAUCUUGCAUGCCAUCUUUAUCAGACAAAUUAGCUGCAAAGUUGUUAGCUGCAGCAGACAAAUAUGGCUUAGCUAGGCUUGCCCUGAUGUGUGAAUCUGUUCUCUGCAAGGAUGUAUCUGUCAAUUCUGUUGCCAAUAUUCUGGCCUUGGCUGAUCGUUUUUCUGCUAUGGAUCUAAAAUCCGUUUGCCUGAAAUUUGCUGCUGAAAAUCUAGUGGGUACGUAUGUCCCUUUUGUUUUUGCAUGUUUUCUAUUAACGUAUUAGAAUAAGCAGUUCUGUUUAGCAUAUACACUUUAAAAUGCCAUUGGUUUGCUAUUUUUUCCUUUUAAGUCCCCUUCAGGGGUUCAGCUUUACCACUUGCAGUUGUAUUAGAGGUAAGUAGACUUUUAAGCGAGAUGGUUUUCUGCUCCGUCUACAGAUCAGUCUAAGUAAAUAUUUAUACUAAAAUAGAAUACGUGGCUUAUAUCUCCGACUCGAAAGAGAAUUUCUGAAUGGAAUGGAAGAGGAUAAUCGUGAAAUAGUUGUUAUGGUUAUGGAACCCAAGGUCUUUAAGGUAGCACUUCUCAGAAAUUAGUUCUUUUUCUUUAGAAGCUUGUUCUCACAACUUAUUUAUGUGGUGCUUCUUACUCAUGACUUGGGAGGUUGACUGUUAAGAUGUCUAUUUGAGUGGUCCUUGAGGAUAUUGUUUCUUUUUAUUUUCUGCAUUUGUUUCUUCUCAUAAUUAGGUCCUGUAUACUUCGUGUUCUUGGGUUGUGUCCCGAUGGUCCUAAAAAAGGUUCCGAAAAAACUGUUCACAAAUAGUAAUACUGCUAGAUACUGUAAUUGGACUCUGG